UAGUGCAUUUUUAAUUGAUCGCACGUGCAUUUUCCCAAAAUUCAUUGGCCGAACUAUAUUGAAUAGUUAUUUUCAAGCGGUUAAAGUAUAUUAUCCACUCAAGAAUCAUGUCUUUCCUAGGGGCAACUCUGGCACGCUGCUGCCGUCAAAUGUCAGUUGGCGCAGCAAGACCUAUCAUUUUCAACAGCGCUACAACGAGUCAGUUGCAGUUUGGAUUCAGUGUUCGCAGUUUCGCUAGCAAUAAAAUGGGUUUACCUCGUGUCUUCUUUGAUAUGACCGCUGAUGGUCAGCCAUUGGGUCGCAUUACUAUGGAGCUCCGUAGCGAUGUUGUUCCCAAGACCGCUGAGAACUUCCGUGCUCUCUGCACUGGCGAAAAGGGUAUCGGUUACAAGGGCUCCUGUUUCCAUCGUGUCAUUCCCAACUUCAUGUGUCAAGGAGGUGAUUUCACAAAUCACAAUGGCACUGGCGGUAAAUCCAUCUAUGGCAACAAAUUCGCCGAUGAGAACUUCACCUUGAAGCAUACCGGCCCCGGCAUCUUGUCCAUGGCCAAUGCUGGCCCCAAUACCAAUGGCUCUCAGUUCUUUAUCUGUACCGUAAAGACCGCUUGGUUGGAUAACAAACACGUGGUCUUCGGUCAGGUGGUUGAUGGCAUGGAAGUUGUAAAAAAUAUCGAAUCCUAUGGUUCUCAAUCGGGCAAGACGACCAAGAAGAUCGUUGUCAGCGAUUGUGGUGCUUUGUAAACAAACAUUCUCCCCCUCUCCAACCAACCACACAAAGGCGCGUCUAUGCACGCCGCCACACAACAUCAAUAAAGCAAAAAAGCAACACAAAACCAACAAACUAUAUUAAAUAUAUUUUAAUAAACGUAUUUUUAAGAAAGAAAAAAUGAAAGAGAGAGAGCUUUAGUCAGCAGUUCUGCCGUCUCUCGCUCACACCGGCAAAAUAAACAAAAUCAGAGGGAGCAUUUAAUAAUUCCAUUUAAUAGUAAUGAAAAACAAAACCAUUCAAUUGCUUAUGUGGUGCUGCAUGCAUGCAGUAGUGGUUCAUUCGCAUCGCGCACAUGUAUCGCAGAUGGAUAUAUGGAGGAUAUAGAGUCUAACGCUGCCGCCGUCGCCAUCUUUCACACCACAUCAUUCCUUCCCUUUCUAACACAACAACUACCAAUUUAAAAUAUGCUUAAAGUGUAAUUAAUGUAAUUGUUCUCUUCUUUAAAUUUUCCAAAAUGAAAUUCUUAUAAUUAUUAUUUUUUUUUUAUUUUAUAAAAAUAAAACAUUCUACUUUUUCCUGUCCAAAAGAAA